UAAUUAUAUAUCAUAUAAUAAUUAUAUAAUAUAUUUAUAUAAUAUUAAUAAUAAUAAAGCCCACAUGUGACUGAAUGCAAUUUGACUCAAUGCUAUGAAAUCCUAAGCUUUGUAGUUAGGUCUCCUGGGCAGAGAAGGCUGAAGCCCUGGUGAAACUACAACUCCCAGGGCCCCAUAGCCUUGAGCCAUGGCUGUUAAAGCGGUACAUAAGUGGGGUAAAGCUUCAAUGUGGCUGCACCUGGAGUCCUCCAAGACCCAAAGGAGCAGCGAGGGAGGGUUCCUAGAGGUGUGACUUAGGGGGUGGGGGGAGAGGAUAGGCUGGACCCUUCCCCAUUUCCGGAAGGGCAAAGAGUGCUUUCGGUUUUGAGAGGCAGGUGGGUGGAAGAGGCGAGGAAGGAGGAGGACCCCCUUGGGGUAGGAUAAUGGGCCUGGGGGCUGGCAGGCUCCUUAGGGAAUGGGCUAGGUCCAAAACACCUGGAGGGAGGGCCCAAGUUGGACCAUGCCUGCUCUAUUAGAAAGUGGGUGUGGCUUAGAGGGGUGGGCGUGGCUCCUGCUCAAGAGGGCGGGGCUGAGCCUCUCCCCUAGUCCAAGAUGCACCGCUGGGAGGGGGAGGUGGGCGGGGCCACAAAUGGGCAGCCAGGACUGGGAUGGGCGGAGUUACAAGCUCUGAGACAGGGCUGAGCUUCUACCCCUGUCCUGGACACAGGGGGUGGGGCCUCUUCCCAAGUGCCCGACAGGGCUGGACCUCUAUACCCCACCCCUGUGAACUAACAAGUGCCUCGGAUUGUAUACAGAGGCCCCGCCCCCAUCCCUAGCCCCGCCCUUUAGUCCUAAAAGUCCUCUCAGGAAAGGUAUAGAGGCUCAGCCCUAUCUCAGGCUCUUGGAAGGAGGCCCCGCCCCUUUCCUUAGCCCCGCCCUCUGUUUCCCAACAAGCGCCUCAGGAGCAGUAUAGAUUCUCAGCCCUGUCUCGCGCUCUUGGGAAGAGGCCCCGCCCCUAGCCCCGCCCUUUAGUCCUAAAAGGCCUCUCAGGAGAGUUAUAGAGGCUCAGCCCUCUCUCGGGCUCUUGGAAGGAGGCCCCGCCCCCUUCCCUAGCACCGCCCUCUGUGGGCCUUUUAGUCCAACCCCUUCUGCCUUUGUGCACCAAAAGCACAAGCAAAGCACCCCUGACAGAUGGCCACACAGCCUCAAUGUUGUUAAUAAUAAGAAAUCAUCACACAGUCCUAAAUGCUUAGGAAGUGUUCGUGAUUUUGAUUUUGUGAUAUGAAGUCCAGUAUCAGGUCUGUAUUAUCCAACACAGUCUGCCUCCCGCCCACAUCCAUGGCUGUUUCUCUAGGCAGCAACGCGCAGCCAGCCAACAUGCCCAACAACAACAACACAAGCCACGCUCUAGAUGGUCUAGCCACCAUCGUCUAGAUGGUCUUUGAAGGUCUCUUUGCUUAGCUAUGGCCUUAUGAGACCACCUUUUGGAGGCUUUUUGGGUUCACUUUCCAUACCUAUGGACCUAUGAGACAGUCUAGAUGGCCUCUGAGGGUCCCCUUCCUUAACUAUGGUCUUAUGAGAUCGUCUAGAUGGUCUUUGAAGGUCUCUUUGUUUAGCUACAGCCUUAUGAGACCACCUAAAUGGCUUUUGGGGGUACUUUCCAUACCUAUGGUCCUAUGAGAUAGUCUAGAUGGCCUCUGAGGGUCCCUUUCCUUAACUAUGGUCUUAUGAGACCGUCAAGAUGGUCUUUGAAGGUCUCUUUGCUUAGCUAUGGCCUUAUGAGACCAUCUAGAUGGCUUUUGGAGGUCACUUUCCAUACCUAUGGACCUAUGAGACCGUCUAGAUGGCCUCUAUGGGUCCCUUUCCUUAACUAUGGUCUUAUGAGAUCAUCUAGAUGGUCUUUGGUGGUCUCUUUGCUUACCUAUGAUCUUAUGAGACCAUCUAGAUGGUCUUGGGAGGUCUCUUUGCUUACCUAUGGUCUUAUGAGAUCGCCUAGAUCGGGGUCCCCAAACUAAAGCCCAUGGGCUGGAUGCGGCUCUCCAAGGUCAUUGACCUGGCCUCUGUCCUUUAGACUUAGGAUUGACCUACGUUUGAAAUGACUUGAAGGCACACAACAACAACAAUUCUAUUUUUUGACUAUUUCAUAGUCUGGCCCUCCAAAAGUCUGAGGGACUGUGAAUCGGCCCUCCACUUUAAAAGUUUGAGAACCCUUGAUGUUGAUGAUGACAACAACAAUGAUGGUACUGAUGAUGGGUUGUGUUGCUUUAUGUUUGCUGCCUCUUCACAAGGAGAGUCAGCUUGUUGUUGUUGUUGUGCCUUUUGCCAUGAGUAAGCCGCCCUGAGUCCCUUCGGGGAGAUAGAAACGGGGUGCAAAAAAUAAAGUUAUUAUUAUCAGUUUGUUAUUGUUAUUUCCCCUUCUCCUUCAGGCAGCGCAAUGGCAUCAGAGACCCAAACUGAAUCGUUUUUUCUUUGGGAUGGAAUGGAAGUUGCUGCUGCUGAGCCUUCUGUACUCUUGACUUUCGAUGCUGAAAGAAUAUGUCCAAUGGACCAACGCCUGAUCUCCUUUGACGAAGUGGCCAUCCAUUUUACAGAGGAGGAGUGGGACCUCCUGGAUCCCAGCCAGAGGGCUCUUUACAGGGAAGUCAUGCUGGAGACAUAUGAGACCUAUGAGAAUGUGGCCUCGCUGGUAUGGCCACAGAGCCUCCUCAACGUCCCAUCGUUCCCGACAAUCCUCUCUGCCGCUCAAAACAUGACGCAUUCCAGUGAAAGCGGGUCGGGUCCGACGUCUGUCCAAGUCUCUGCCUGUACUUCGCAAGGCAGCAAGAAGGGGAAGGGGCCAGCCAGCCAUCAGGGACAUGAAACUGUGGGUGGUGGAGGUGGUAUUUCAGCCACCUGUUCAACUGCAGACAUUAGACCCUCCCCUAACCUAACGCAGGAAGAUGAUGUUGUUGUCUUGGAGCUUGAGAUGGGGCCCAACCAAGAAAUUGUUUGCCUCACCCCCACUCUUCUCUCAUCUGAGAGUGAGGAGGAGGAGGAAGACCCUUCCAAUCAGGGUCCUUCUGAGGAGGCCUUGCCAACACCCACCCACCCCAGCCCCGCUACCAUACCAAGGUCUCGGGGCGCUGUAGCGUUGGGAAGGCCGAAGUCUUCUCUCUGGGACCAUUUCAGUGUACAUACCCAGCGUGCCAAUUUGGCAGUUUGUGGGCACUGCGGUGCCUACAUCAGCAGAGGAAAAAACUUGAAGCAUCUGUCCACCACAGGGUUGAGGGUCCACAUGAAGAGGCAUCACCCAACAAUUCCCUUGGGGGGAGAAGCCAUCAGCCGCUGCAGCAGCAGUCAAAGCACUCCCACUUUGCCUUCUGUCGAGGGCAGGAGACAGACUCAGGCCACCUUGAAUGUUUGCGGCUUUGUCACGGGCAGGAAGAAAACGGGGAACACACUGCCCACCCACCAGCAGAUCACCCAGAGUGUGGCAGAGAUGAUGGUUCUUGACCACCAGCCCUUCCGUAUGGUGAAGCAAGAAGGCUUCAUUCGCUUGAUGAAACUAGUGUGUCCCUGGUACAAAAUCCCCUCUCGCACCACCUUCUCCCGAACUGUGAUACCCAACUUGUAUGAGGGCUGCAAGCAACGUGUUGCGAAGAUGUUGCAGUGCACCAUGGGAGACUACAUCCAUUUCACUUCCGACAUUUGGUCGAGCUUAGGAGGACGGCAUACCUACCUCUCUCUAACAGCACAUUGGUGGGAGAAAGAAGGAAGCCUCGACACAGGACAUCGUUGGGCCCUCCUUGGGAUGGAGGUCAUAGAUCAGGACCCCAAGGCUGAAACAAUCUGCCAGUGCCUCGAAAGCAUGAUGAGGGAGUGGAUGCCACGCAGGAACAAGGCCAUGAAAACGGGGUUCAUGGUGACCGACGCCGACAAAAAUAUGAUAAGAGCAGUGGAAAGUGCCGGAUUUACCAACGUCGGCUGCAUGGCCCACUUGCUCCACAACACCGUUAAAGAUGGUUUCAAGGGCACAGCCACAGAUGAACAGAACCCUGGCCAAAUCAGUCUGUUGAUAGAGCGCUGUCGGAAGAUCGCUGGCUAUUUCCACCAGAACAGCAAGGCAGCCCAAGAGCUGCGUGAGAGGCAGAUCUUGGAAGGCCUCCCGCAGCACAUGCUGCUGCAGGACAUCUCCACCCAUUGGAAUUCAACAUACAAGAUGCUGGUACGCAUGGUGGAGCAGCAGAAGGCGGUCCACGGCAUCUCCCUGACACUGGUUGCCCCCGUAAGCCAGUUGGUGCCAAGCAAGCAAGAGUGGGACACCAUCUCCCAGUUGGUCGACGUUCUGAGGCUCUUUAAAAAUACCAUUGAUACCCUUUCCACCACAAGAGCCCUACUCAGCCAGGUGGUGCCUCUCGUCUUAGGGCUGAAGAGGCGUUUGGAUAUGUUAAACUCCCCGGCUGGGCCGCUGACACCCCAGGUCCAGGAGAUUGUGAGGAAGUUGACCCUUGCUGUCUGGAAACGCCUGGAGCCGCUGCUAAGCAGCAAGGUCCAUAUGCUGGCAGCCAUCUGUGAUCCGCGGCUGAAGGACACCAUCUGCCGCAAAGACUUUCCAGCAUGGAAGGUGCAGCUUGUAACCCUAGUGAGAGAGGCAUACACAGCCAGGGUGGGGGAUAUUGCCCAUGUCGCCACACCUCCAGAGAUGCCCGUCAUCCCCAGCACAAGUGGCAGUGCCGAGUCCGACCGCCCCAAGGUGCCGGCCCAACAGUAGCACCAGCAGCGACGGGCGGGCACUUUAUUUGAGGAAAUGGUGGCCAUAUUAGUACAGGCAAGCACAUCUUUGUCGGCCAAAGUACACAUGAUCGAAUCUGCUGAGUAUUCGGUCAACCGUUACUUUGAGGAGCCACAGGAGCCUAUCUCCUGCGAUCCGUUGGCCUACUGGACUGGCCAGAGCCAUGUUUGGCCGGAUCUAUCACACGUCGCCCGCAAGUUUCUCAGCUGCCCUCCCACCAGUGUGCAGAGCGAAAGGGUCUUUAACAUUGCGGGAGAUGUUGUCACCCAUCACUGGAGCUUGCUGGAUCCCCUUUUGGUCGAGAAACUGGUCUUCCUGAAGGCCAACCUUUUGAAUUUUCCCGAGAUGGAUUUUGACAACAGCAACGUCUCCUAGAUCGAGAGACAUCCAUUUCUCUCUGCAGCUCUUACUUUCUGUUAUGUUUGUUUCCAAGGCAGAUGGGUCCGUUCUCCAAUUUAGCAAAGCAGACCAGACCAUGUUCCUGUUGUAAAAUUCCUGUUUUAUCAUAUUACUGUUUUAUCUUUUGUAUAUUUAGAAUUGUAUUUAUGUUGUUGUUUUUGCUCAGUUAUGCUGUUCAGGCUUUGCCCCAUGUAAGCCAGCCUGAGUCCCUGCAGGGAGAUGGUGGUGGGGUAAAAAUAAAGUUGUUGUUGUUGU